AUGGAGGCCGCGAUUGAAGAUUUGAAGUCGCAAGAGGUUCCUAAUUUCUCUGAGACUGCAAAAAGAUAUGGAGUCAACCGAGUAACGUUGUCACGGCGGUUUAAAGGUGCUACAGUGUCUAGAGCUGAAGCUACGUCUAUUCAUCGGAAGAAGCUACCAGGUACACAAGAAGAGGAUCUUUUACAGCAUAUAGAGAAGCUUGCAAAAGAAGGCCGUGCUCCUACGCCUCAAAUCAUUCGAAACCUCGCUGACAAGCUCGCCAAAGAGCCUGUUGGCAAGAAUUGGGUGACCAGGUUCUGUAAUCGAUAUAAAGAUCGUAUCCAGAGCCUACACGCGGAAUUUGAUGAGAUUGAGAUGUUUAACCCAGAUGAGCCCAAGCCGUUAAGCCUGCGUGUCCCCAGUGUUCAUUCGAAAUAUUCACAAACAAGCCCCCUGAUCGAGGGACUGCCAAAUUCGACAACUCAAGCUGGUGUUUCCGGAACCUCGAAAAUCGAUCUGCGAGGUGUUCAGUCCGUGGUAGCCGCUGGUAUAACGUUAGGAUGGGAACUGGCCUCUCUCCCUGCGCCAUUUUGCGGCCCCGGAUGGGGUAUUUCGGUUCGGAUCAAAUUACCGGACAAAAUCAAAGCCGAAAUUAUAUUACCACUCUUCGUUCCACCAGAGCUAUGCCAACCGAUCGAAGACGAGCCGAGAUGA